CUUCCGAGUACGAGACUACGAGCCAUGAAAACUCACAAGUCGGUGCACUUUUGGUUUGGGUUUAUUUCUUCCCAGAAACCGUACGUCGGAUUGCCACUACAGAGUUUCUCUGCUCUCUAAUUUUCUCUUCGUAUCAGACGAGUCUUCGGUGCCCUUCCAACAGCCAGAUGGAACACCCCGAGGAUGAUUGUCGUGUUGGAGGUGAAAAUCAUGACAAACAAAAUGAUGAGGGAACUGUUGCCCGUCUUGAGGAAUUUAAGAAAUCAGUUGAAGCAAAAAUGGAUCUUCGUCUGAGUAACUUGAACCCUGAAAGACCUGAUUCUGGUUUCCUCAGGACAUUAGACUCCAGCAUUAAACGCAACACAGCAGUUAUAAAAAAACUUAAGCAGAUAAGUGAGGAGCAGCGGGAAGGUUUGAUGGAUGAGUUGCGAAUCGUCAACUUAAGCAAGUUUGUUAGUGAAGCAGUGACAGCUAUUUGUGAUGCCAGGCUUAGAACUUCAGACAUACAAGCUGCAGUUCAGAUCUGUUCGUUUCUUCAUCAAAGGUACACAGACUUUUCCUCGAGCUUGGUUCAAGGCCUCUUGAAAGUCUUCUUUCCAGGAAAAUCUGUAGAAGACUUAGAUGCAGACAAAAAUUUGAGGGCCAUGAAAAAGCGCAGCACUUUAAAACUCCUUUUGGAACUUUACUUGGUUGGAGUUAUAGAAGACUGUGGCAUUUUUGUAAAUAUUAUUAAGGAUCUCACUAGCACAGAACACUUAAAGGACCGAGAUGCAACCCAGACGAAUUUGUCUCUUCUUACUAGUUUUGCUCGACAAGGGAGAUAUUUCCUGGGGCUUCCUCAGUCUGGAGAAGAAAUUCUUGAAGAGUUUUCUAAGGGCCUUAAUAUCACAGCAGAUCAGAAGAAGUUCUUCAGGAAGGUGUUUCAUAUGUAUUAUGAUGCUGCUGCAGAACUGCUUCAGUUAGAACAUACUUCGCUUCGCCAAAUGGAGCAUGAGAAUGCAAAGAUUCUGAAUGCUAAAGGUGAACUCAGCGAGGAAAAUGCCUCUUUAUAUGAAAAGCUGCGAAAAUCUUAUGAUCAGCUCUAUCGAGGUGUCUCAGCUUUAGCAGAAGCGCUCGAUAUGCAACCUCCUGUGAUACCCGAGGAUGGUCACACCACCAGGGUGACAACUGGAGAUGAUACGUCAUCCCCUGGUGCAGGAAAAGAUUCUUCUGUUCUUGAGGCGAUGUGGGACGACGAGGAUACAAGGGCUUUUUAUGAAUGCUUGCCUGAUCUCAGAGCAUUUGUUCCUGCAGUAUUGCUGGGAGAAGCAGAGCCUAAGGUGAAUGAGCAGUCUCCAAAGACACAAGAACAACCAUCUGAUUCGGCAGCUGAAUCUGACCAAGGUACGGUGGCUACCCAAGACACAGCAGAGGUUUCUGUAGAUUCUGUAGCUGUGCAAGAGGGGGAAAAUGAGAAAGGGAAGGAUAAAGAUGAAAAAGGUAAAGAAAAGACCAAAGAUCCGGAUAAAGAGAGAGGAAAAGAGAAGGAUGUUGCAAGAAAAGGAGAAAAUGAGAAGGAGAAGCUCAAAGUCCUUGAGGGAACCAAUUUGGACACACUAUUGCAGAGGCUUCCGGGUUGUGUGAGCCGGGACCUAAUUGAUCAGCUGACUGUAGAGUUCUGUUAUUUAAAUUCAAAGUCCAACCGGAAAAAGCUUGUGAGGGCUUUGUUUAGUGUCCCCAGGACAUCUCUAGAACUGCUGCCUUACUAUUCUCGUAUGGUUGCCACACUGUCAUCUUGUAUGAAGGAUGUCUCUUCCAUGUUGUUACAGUUAUUGGAGGAAGAAUUUAGUUUUCUGAUUAAUAAGAAGGAUCAAAUGAAUAUUGAAACAAAGAUCAGGAAUAUUCGAUUUAUUGGAGAGCUUUGCAAGUUUAAAAUUGCACCACCUGGCCUCGUUUUUAGCUGUUUAAAGGCCUGUUUAGAUGAUUUUACUCAUCAUAACAUUGACAUUGCUUGCAACCUUCUUGAGACCUGUGGCCGUUUUCUUUACCGGUCUCCUGAAACUGCUUUGCGCAUGACUAACAUGUUGGAGAUAUUGAUGCGCUUAAAAAAUGUCAAAAAUCUGGAUCCUCGUCACAGCACCUUGGUGGAGAAUGCUUAUUAUCUGUGUAAACCACCAGAAAGAUCAGCACGAGUCUCUAAAAUUCGUCCUCCACUGCAUCAGUAUAUCAGAAAACUACUUUUCUCGGAUCUUGAUAAGUCUUCUAUUGAGCAUGUGCUGAGACAACUUCGCAAACUACCUUGGAGCGAAUGUGAGUCCUACCUAUUAAAAUGUUUUAUGAAGGUUCACAAAGGAAAGUAUGGCCAGAUUCACUUGAUUGCUUCGCUUACCGCUGGUCUGAGUCGCUAUCAUGAUGAAUUUGGAGUUGCUGUUGUUGACGAGGUUUUGGAGGAAAUCAGGGUGGGACUAGAGUUGAAUGACUAUGGGAUGCAGCAACAACGCAUUGCUCACAUGCGGUUCUUAGGGGAGCUGUACAAUUAUGAACAUAUAGAUUCAUCAGUUAUUUUUGAUACACUCCAUCUGAUCAUAGUUUUUGGACAUGGAACCGCAGAGCAAGAUGUGUUGGAUCCACCACAAGAUUGUUUUCGCAUCAGGAUGGUUAUUACGCUUCUUGAAACCUGCGGGCACUAUUUUGAUCGAGGUUCAUCAAAGAGGAAACUAGAUCGAUUUUUAAUUCAUUUUCAGAGGUACAUAUUGAGCAAAGAUGCACUGCCACUGGAUAUUGAGUUUGACUUGCAGGAUCUAUUUGCAGAUUUACGCCCCAAAAUGAUCCGAUAUUCAUCUAUUGAGGAAGUUAAUUCAGCUCUAUUUGAACUUGAAGACCAUGAGCGUUCAUUUUCUAGUGAUAAGGCCAAUAGUGAGAAGCAAUCGGACAUGGAAAAACAUCUAAGCAGUACUACUUCUGGCAGAAUCCCAGUGAAUGGACAAAGCUUCACAAAUGGUAUUGAGGAAAAUGGUGAAGUGCAUGAAGAUGUGAUAGGGGACACUGAAAGUGAUUCAGGGAGUGACACCAUUGACCCAGAUGGACAUGACGAUGAUGAAGAAUCGGAUGAAGAGAAUCAUGAUGAUGGAUGUGACAGCGAGGAUGGUUAUGAUGAUGGAUCGGGUCCUGCCUCGGAUGAGGAUGAUGAAGUCCACGUAAGGCAGAAGGUGACACUUGUAGAUCCUCAAGAGGAGGCUGAAUUUGACCGAGAACUCAGGGCUCUAAUGCAGGAGAGUCUGGAUUCACGAAAGCUGGAAUUGCGAUCCCGUCCAACAUUGAACAUGAUGAUACCAAUGAAUUUGUUUGAAGGGCCCACCAAGGAUCAUCAUGGAAGGGUGGUUGACGGGGAAAGUGGUGAUGAGACAUUAGAUGAGGAGGCUGGAGGAAGCAAAGAUGUUCGAGUGAUGGUUCUUGUGAAGCGUGGAAACAAGCAACAAACAAGGCAGAUGUACAUUCCUCGGGAUUCUUCACUUGUCCAGAGCACAAAACAGAAGGAAGCAGCUGAACUUGAAGAGAAACAAGAUAUCAAGAGGCUGGUCUUGGAGUACAACGACAGAGAAGAGGAAGAGCUUAAUGGGUUGGGGAACCAGCCAUUUGGCUGGACCCAAACUGGGGGUGGCAGAGUUUCCAACCGGGCCCACACAUGGGAAGGACAUGGAGGAAGGGCUGUUGGAUCACGUCACCGGCAUCAUCACUCAGGAGGUGGGCUCCACUACACCAGAAGGAAGUGAGUAUUUUACAGUGAAGCACAAGUUAUGAAGAACAUCAGCACCCUGAUAUUCCUCACGCAUCAAAUCAGUACUUCAUUUUCUGAAAUGAUGCUUAUUAUUAGAAAUUCAAUUGCAAUUUUGUGAGAUAUUCUGCCCCAGUGAAAAGCUCAUGCUUUACUGCACUUGGACGAACUCCGUAUCUGUUUCCUCUAUAUCGACAAUGGUUGAAGUCCAAGUUCCAGAUGUUGCAAUAGAGACGUGCCCUUGGAAAAAGAGAUGUAGACCUGUUGAUAUAUUGAGCUUUGGUGGUGAUUUUUGGAUGCGCAUACGGUUGUGCUUUUGGCUAGAUGCUACUAACCGGGCCUUCAGCUUGGUGAGUCAAUUUACCUAUGUAAAUUUAUCGAUAUAGGAAAGAAUAUUUAGUAUUAGUUUCCCUGGUCUUACCGUUGGGAAAGAAAAAAAACAGAAGAAUACAGAGUGUCUAAUUGUGGUUGUUUGAAACUGUUUUGUUUGGAAUUAUAGAUAGUAUCUAACCUUAUUAUCUAUGUUUGGAAGACAGCCAGUUUGUCAUUCCUCUUUGUUUGUAUUUCA